AAAGUUCAGCCUAUAUGCGACCUGAUAAUAAACGAGAGUGACUCAACUCAAUUUAAAUUAAUAAGAGUUAGUGUGCCGAGUCAUUGUGUAAAGUGAACUAUUAAAACACUCGGUGUGCUACAGUAAGCAUCCAGCAGCCGAGGACCAAAAUCGAAUGUUGUCUGCCGAUGCGCGCGCAGCCCGCCGCCGCCGCCUCGCCGCCCAUUCAUCAUCAUCUUAAUACUAAUAUUCUAAAAUUGAUAUUAUGCUCAUCUCGAGUUAGGAACAUCAUCGAUGAUCGGUAGAUGCGGAUGAUCGGUGUGAUGUAUGGUGAGGCAUGCGUGAGUGUGCGGUGUGUGCGGAGGCUGGAUGCAGCGAGCGGAGAUGUGAUCUCGGCGGAGAGGCGGGCAGGUUUGGGCGUCGCUGCGUCUCGGCGCGCGGCGGCGGUGGCGGCGGCGGCGGCGCGGGCCCCGGGUGCGCAUGGGGCGCCGCCACGCACGCUUGCCGAGCGACCCAGUCUGCUCUGACAUUUAACCGAGCCGCCGGUGUCGCUCCGCAAGAUCGCGCGUUUCUUCACAUUGCACAUUGUAUUCUGCGCACUCUGUGAAUCGGUUGUAAUAGUUACAAUUAGUGAUAGAGAUUAGGUCGAUCCUCGUCGCGCAGGUAGCAGCGGCUCGCUACGUCCGCGGCGUCGAUAGGGAGGCUGCGGGGCUCGCUCGGCGCAGAUGGCGGAGUAGCGGGGGCAGCUCGCCCGCCAGCUGGCUCGUGUUUACACGCUCGCCGCUCGCCGCCGCUCGGCCGCUCGGCGCUCGCCGCGCUCGCUCGCUGCAUAAGCGCUCGCGUGCAUCGAGCCCGCACCGCUCCACAACCUAACGUUCAUUAAUUAUUCAACUUCGUGAAUUUUUAACUUUACGAACGACCAACGAUAUUAGAUAGAGGUAUAUAAAUGCUUGCUAAACCCGACUCUCACCAGAAAACUGUCGUAGUGCAAUAGUGUCAUAAAUCGAUCAGAGCAUACGCAUCGAAGCCUGACUUGUCAUAAUUCAUUCGAGUGAUUUCACAACUUCAUAAAUAUGGGUGCUAAAGAGAGCGUGGAGGCUGCUAAAUUUUCUGCGCAAAAUUGGAACAAUGUCGAGCAUGGAGUGAAGCACCACUACCGGCACGGCACCCAGCGCUCGCAGAGCCUCAACCGCGGCCACUCGCUGUCCAGGUCCGAUGGCACCUGGUGACAUCACGGGACUGCGGGCGGCAUAGCGACGUGCACGGAGUGCGGAGCGCGCGGCGUGAUGGGCAACAAGCUGUCCUCGUGUUCCUGCGCGCCGCUCAUCCGCAAGGCGUACCGCUAUGAAGACAGCCCGUGGCAGAACUCCCGCCGCAGAGACGGUCAUCUACUCAGGUUGUGGGCGGAGGUGUUCCACGUGUCAGCCUCGGGCGCCGGCACGGUCAAAUGGCAGCAGGUGUCAGAGGACCUGGUGCCGGUGAACAUCACGUGCAUCCAGGACUCCCCGGAGUGCGUGUUCCAUAUUACUGCCUACAACUCGCAGGUGGACAAGAUACUGGACGUGCGGCUACUGCAGCCCGGCACACGCAUCGGUCAAGCGUCGGAAUGCUUCGUAUACUGGAAGGAUCCUAUGACCAACGACACGUGGGGACUCAACUUCACAUCGCCCAUCGAUGCCAAGCAAUUCAGGGAAUGCUGCUCACCAUCAUUCAAAUUCUCACGUAAGGCUUCGUCGAGCUACAGCCUGAAGCUGGAGCCUCCGGGCACCAAACAGAAGCCCAAGGCCAAGAGAAAACCGCUGUCCACUCCGGCCAGCCCCAACCGAUCAAGCCUGACCUACAACCGGGAGCCACAAUGCACGUGCAUGAGUCAAGAACAAUACGCAAGACUGAGAGCUCAGGAUCCCCGAUAUCGCUCAUCCACGCUCCCCCGGGCGACGACCCGCGGCACGGAGACGGAGGGCGCCGCGGCCGCCCCGGCUGGUCGCUCGGACAAGGUCGCCGCGGCCACCUCCUCCACCUCGCUGUACGACAAUGUGGCCAGCGCGCAGCCCUCGCACCAGGCGCCGCCUAAACCCGCCGCCCGCCAGUCCGACUCUGGGCAGCCGCCGCGCCCGCCCAAGUCGCAGGAGACGUCCACCAUGACCACCAACACCUCCACCGCGCCCAAGACCGUCACCGCUUCCGUCGGCACUUCUAAUUCCGGAGACGACGCCGCCGGCGCCGGGGGCGAGCUGAAGUCGGAGGGCGUGCAGGCGGGCGGCACGCUCACCACCAAGUGCUCCUCCACCUCCACCCGCAAGGAGCAUCUGCAGCACGGCAAGAGCGUCGACUAUGGGGACGGGAAUGAUUCCUCCCGCGAGUCGGACGCGCGCUCGAUGCACCACCACAACGUGAUCAACAACAACACGGCCGGCUCCCGGCGGUCCAAGUCCAAGAGCACCGAGGAUAUGAACAUGGACUCCAGCACCCUGAAGCGCAUGCUGAAGCCGAUGCCGUCAACCGAGAGCCCCGUGACGUCACCAGAGAUGGGCCGGCGGCGCUACGGCGGCGCGGGGCCCUGUCCGCCCGCGUGCGGCGCCCACGGCCCGCGCCACGGCCCGCACAUGCACCCGCAUGCACACCACCAUACCAUGAACAAUAAUAGCAGACAGAGCUCCCAGCGGUAUUCGUCGCAGAAUCGCGGCGUAGGCGUCGGUGCGGCCCCCAGCGGGUACCCGGGCCGCGGCCUGUACCUGGAACUAGGAGGGGGGGAGCGCGACCUGUCCCCCCCCUCGGACAACGUCAUGUUCGACAACCAAUGCUACGCGACCACGCCGUCGUCGUCCAAUGGGAACUCUGAUCAGGACUCGUGCCAGCGGCGCGGCGACCCACGGCAGCAUCAUCAUGGGCCGUGCUUAUCCCGUCAAGCCUCACAAUCCACCGCCACCCCGGCGCCGGGGUCGCCGACCUCGCGGCUGCUGCUCGAGUACGAGAUGCAUCUCCGCAACACGCUGGCCAAGGGAAUGGAUGCCGAGAGCUACAGCCUGCACACCUUCGAGGCACUGCUGAGCCAGAGCAUGGAGGAUUUGGAAUAUAACGACAAUAUGCCGCCAUCAAACCAGAGAAGCCCAUAUCCACCGCGACGGAGACCAGCCUCCCAGUGCUCCGGCGGCGGAGGCAGCCGCUCCUCCACGUUGCCGCUGCCUCACAGGCUCGGCGUGGAGCGGCAACACAGCGCGCGCUCCGACCGCGACGGGUACUACAGUGAUCGCAACGAGCUGAUUCGUGAGCGGGAGCGGGAGCGCGAGCGCGGCUACCUGAGCGACCACAACACAAGGGAUAGGAUCCGGGAUAGAGAUCAAGGCUACUUGAGUGACCACCAAUCAAGCUUUGUGAGUGCAAACCGCUGUGCUUCGUGCAUCGGCGAGACGGCGCGGCAGGCGUGGUACCGGCACUCGGACGGGUGGCGCGGCGGCCCGCCCCCCACCGCCCCGCGCCGCUCCCCCUGGGACUCCCUGCCUAGCCUGCGCCACGAGGGCAGCCUCAAUGACUCGGGGUAUAGAAGCAAUCGGGCUGACAGCUUCGAGCAGCGAGCCACGUUCGAUCGUCAAGACAGCGUGCGCUCAGAAUACGCGAGCGACCGCGAGUCCUCCCGCUACGGCAUCGUGCAGCAGGCCUCGCUCGACAGCACGGACUCCAGGAUAUGCUAUCUCACUUCUAGCGAGAUAUCGGACGAUGACCGCAUGUCGCUGACGACGGCCGUGUCGGACGAGGACGAGGCGGGAGAGAGCGCCAUGAACUCCCCCUACAAGGGGAAGCAGACCGGCGCCGCCGCCGCCUCCUUCAACUGCACCGGCGCUGUCAGGAAGGCUGGAUUCCUGAGCGUGAAGAAGUGGCUGCUCCGCAAGAAGCACCAGAUCGAGCUGGCCCGCAAGCGAGGCUGGAAGGGGUACUGGGUCUGCCUCAAGGGCACCACUCUGCUGUUCUACCCGUGCGACUCCCGCGAGGGACGCUCGGUCGAAGCCGCCCCCAAACACCUCAUCAUAGUGGACGGCGCCAUCAUGCAACCCAUCCCGGAACAUCCAAAGCGUGACUACAUCUUCUGUCUGAGCACUGCGUUCGGUGAUGCCUAUUUGUUUCAAGCGCCGUGUCAGAUCGAGCUGGAGAACUGGGUGAACAGUAUCCACAGCGCGUGUGCGGCGGCCUUCGCGCGCCACCGCGGCAAGACCGGCACCCUCCAUCUGUUACAGGAGGAGAUAUAUCGCCUCGAAAAAGCCAUCGAGUCGGACCACAAGCUGAAACACAUGGCAGACCUGCAGCAGUCGGUGGUGGCGGACCCGGAGACGCGCGCCCAGCUGGCGCUGCAGAUGCUCCAGUGGGAAGAGAACCUCGAGCGGCUGCACUGCGAGCAGUUCCGCCUGCGCUGCUACAUGGCCAGCCUGCAGAGCGGCGAGCUGCCUAAUCCUAAGUCGCUCCUCACCCACGUGUCUCGCGCCACCAAGAGCACCCUCAACAAGCUGGGAGUCUUCACGGUAUCCUCCUUCCAUGCAUUCAUCUGCGCUCGCUCGCCGUCUCUCCUGAACAAUCUGCUGGCUGGAAGAGGAGCCACCAAGCGCCGCGCGCCCAACCUGUCGCGCUCCAACUCGGGCUCCAGUCGCCGCUCUAUGCAGAUGUCUCGCGAGGAGAGCGAGGCCGCAGUGCGAGUCUCUCUCCCAGAGGGCACCACGGCGACCGUGGGCGUGCGCGAAGGCAUGACCGUGGAAGAGUUCCUGGCCGCCGCCUGCGCCCGUCGCUCCCUGAACGCCCUCGAGCACUUUGUCAGAGUCAAGAAGCGCCGCGACAUGGAAGACCACAAUUACUUCGUGCCGCACCGCAGCGAUCUCAUCGAGACAUACCUGCACACCCACGAGGUGGUGGAAGUGUGUGCCAAGAUCCUGUACCAGGUGGAACUUCAGAGGAACACUCUGGAGCAGAUGUGGGGCUUCAGCGUGGAAGCCGAGCUGAUCGAAAACGCGGAGCGCCAAGAUGAGCUCUGUUGCUAUGUCAGCAGGGUCGAAGAUAAGAGCGUGGCCAUGCAGAACGGUAUUAUCAAAGGAGACGAGAUCAUGGUAAUCAAUGGAGCCAUAGUAUCUGACCUAGAUAUGAUGUACUUGGAGAGCGUCUUGCAAGAGGAGCUGUCGCUAGUCAUGAUGAUGAGGUCCUCCCGCACGGAGCCGCCCGAGCUGGUGGGCGUGAUGCGCGCCGCCACCGACGACAUCGACUCGCUGGUGUGUCCCCCGCCGCCCACCGACCCGCCCGUCAUCUCCGACGACAUGAUCUCCGGACUCAUCGUGCCUGCUCCCGCUUGGAGUAAAGAGUUAUACAGUCCUGAUCCCGACCAUGGAGGCGAUAUGAUGGGCACAGGGCCUCCCAAAGUCAGCUCCAGAACCAACUCGUUCGAAAUAGAGAACCUACUGAAGAGCGCGGAGCAAGUGACUGGGUGGUGCCGCUCGCCCAACGACACUCGGCGUGGGAGCCCUACAGGCAGUGUGGUGAGCGCCGCCGCUGGGACGCCCUCGCGCCAUCUCUCCGACGUCGACAAGCUCAGGAAGGUUCUGUGCGAGCUUGUCGACACUGAAAGGGCGUAUGUGAAGCACCUGAACAAUUUGCUCGAGAACUACUUGGAGCCGCUCAAGAGGGAAACUUUUUUAUCGAACGCGGAGAUCAACGCGUUGUUCGGGAACAUUCAGGAGAUAGUGGCGUUCCAACGCCAGUUCCUGCAGAACUUAGAGGACGCCAUCGAGGCAGAGCCUAACUUCCAUCACUUUGAAUUCUCCAGCCAAUUUAAGAAUGUGCUGUUUGCAGUCGGGAGUGCUUUCUUGUACUACGUCAAUCAUUUCAAGUUGUACAGCUCCUUUUGCGCUAGUCACAGUAAAGCUCAAAAGGUUUUGCAUCCGAAUGAAGGCAAUCAGGCUCUGCAGGAGUUCUUGGCGGCGAGGAACCCGAAACAGCAGCAUUCGUCAACGCUGGAAUCUUACUUAAUUAAACCGAUUCAGAGGAUACUCAAGUACCCGCUGUUACUUCAACAAAUGAGAAAUUUGACUGAAGAUGACUCCGAAGAGCAUCAACACUUAGUUGAGGCUCUCAAAGGCAUGGAGAAGGUUGCGGAACAUAUAAAUGAGAUGCAACGGAUACACGAAGAGUAUGGUGCUAUAUUUGAUCAUUUGUUUAGGCAACAUCAAAAAUCUUGCAAACAACCCAUAGAUCUAAGUCCUGGUGAUUUGUUAUACUACGGAGGCGUAGAAUGGUUAAAUAUUUCAGACUUUUUAGGAAAAAUAAAGAAAGGGUUAGAACUGCACGCUAUGUGCUUCGUUUUUAAAUCCGCCGUUGUCUUCCUCUGCAAAGAAAGACUGAGACAAAAGAAGAAACUUAUGGGAGUAUCGUCGAAGAACAACUCGAACGAGGUGGAGAUCAUCAGGUACCAGGUGCUCAUACCUGUGACGGAGGUGCAAGUGCGCGCGUCCUCGGCCAAGGACAUGGACAGCCACUUCCUGUGGGAGCUCAUCCAUCUGCGCUCGCAGCUGCAGCGCCGCUCGGAGAAAGUCUACGUGUUGUCCAACAGCACUGCAGACUUCCGCAACGCAUUCCUGAAGACAAUCCGUCAGAUCAUUCGCGAGUCUGUGCGCAACAUGUCGAUCCCGUCGACCGGCCGCCUCGCCCCCGCGCCGCCCCGCGCGCCCCCCUCGCACACACUCGAGCGGGAACGACCUAAACACCAGGUGACGGUGAUGCAAGGGUCGCACACGCUCGGCAAGACUCGCAAGAAGUCGAGCGGCCAGCGUCUCUCGGCCGGCAACAUCGAGGUCGGCGAGCUGUCGAGAGAGAACUCGCACGAAGCUGAUGAACCGCCCCCGGAGACACCCUUCCGACACCGCAGCAAGACGCUUGGGGAUACUGCAGCCGAGGCGACGCAGCGCGCGCCGCCGCCGCCGCCGCCGCUCGACAGCGGCAAGUCUGACGCCUCCAAGUCUGAGGGAGAAGACGAGCCCCCGGCCCCGCCGCCCAAGCGAGGGUUAGGCCGCACCCCCAACCACCUCACUCUCAGCACGACGUCGACGCUGAGCGCGGGCAGCACGGGCAGCCAGGCGCGCCUCAUCCAGUCCUCGCACCAGCCCACCCAGUACCAGCCCACCAUGGUCAAGGAACUAGGAUCGCCCGUGUGGAAACCACGCGACAUGUUGAGCGAGGCGGUCGCGAGCGGGGCGAUGGGCGGCGCGGCGGGCGGGGCGGGCGGGGCGGGCGCGCCCACCACGCUGCCGCGCUCGGGCCGGCCCGCGCCGCGCGCGCAGCACCUGUCUGCCAGCCGCAAGUCGCUGGCCCCCGACCACCGCCACUAGGCACCCCUCCCCUGCUCUGCACCCGCGGCCGCCAGCUCCUGGCUGUCUUGCCACGAGCGGACUGCACUCACAGGAGCAGUAAUGGUUCUCACUGAGAAUGGAAACUGAGACAGUCGUGUUUUGUUUUACCAAUAAAUAUUUCCUUGCUUCACUUCGAUUUCGUUCUAGUUUAUUGCUUAUAACCUUUUUAUAUUUUUUUCAUUGUAUUUGAAAAUGUAAUGUUUUUAAUCAACCGAAAUAUAGAAGUGCCAACGUUACACUCCCAAAUGUUUCUAUGACUGAAUAGCGCUUCCAAUUAUUACUAUAUUUGUUUUCAUUAUUAAAACACAAUCACGCGGUUUCGCUUUGCUUGAAUCCGUGGAGUAUCCAAUAAUAUGUUAACAAAUGAACGUGCACUUAUGAAAGCUGUAUUGAGAAGAGCCUACAGGAUUAAGCGCCACAAUUUUGUGUAAUGAUUACCGUUGAUUUGUAUUGUUUUACGAGCAAUAAUUCUAGAUACCUAAUAAUAACUGAUAUUGUUUUGUAAAUAUAUGUAUGUUAUUCCCCUUACUUUUAACUGUAUGUCACGAUUAUAUAAGCUCAAAGUCAUAUUUCACUUUCAACUCUCACCCCUGUAAGACUGGUCGCGGCUCACGGAGUGGUUGUACAUAGAAGCGAUGUGUUCUGUCGAGUACUGUUCACGACGGUUGCUUCACCGACACUGCUUCUACUUUAUAGUAUUUGCAGUGUGAAGGACUAUAUAGAAAUAUGUAGUAUCCCAAUAACUGAAUACUUUUUUAUUCAUAAGGAACCCGUAAUUUAUAGAGUGCGCCAAUCUCAUGUGCCACAGUUGAUAAUGAUUUUAACUUACACAUAUAACCCUAUGAUACUGUAUUUUAUACCAGUGUGGGUCGAAAUCAAAAUGAUAUUCCAACACAUUGUCCCGUUAAGCGCGGUAGCUAAACACUUUUACCCCAUGUAUGGAAAAGAUAACGUUUUGAACGUUUAUUUUGAAUGAGACGUUUUAGUUUAUUUUAAGUAGAUACUAGUAUCAAUACUGACCCUAACUACAGUGCCAAAUUAGGUACAUGAUGUUCGUAUGUGAAGCUUUGUUGAGUCGAGCUCGGCCCGGUACACGUCGGAACCUGCUGUUCUUCAUUUCGAUGCAUUUACAAUGCGUACAUACUACUACCAUAUAGUUCAAAUGCACCCUUCUAUGCAAGUACACUAGGUAGUUUUGAUAAUAAUUUCUCUUCGUGAUCAAAUUUGAAAGUUCUAUCAUAGGCUAGGUGAAUAAUGUAACAUGUUUCCUGUAUAUUUUGUUCUGUUACUUAUGCAUUUCAAUACCUACUGUUAAUUGUGUUAUACAUUCUAAAUUUUGAAUCUGUGUUGCAGUAGAAAGGUUGCACUUCGGGUAAUUUGAUAAAUAGCUAUAUGGCUAUUGACGAGCCCUCUUUGCCACAAGUUUUUAUCAAAUGUCUCAGUCAAUUUUGAUUAAUUCCCAUCUGGUAACUUUUCUACUACACAAGACGCAAGAGAAUUAAAUAAUAUUUAUCAUUAAUUAUUGUGAAAGUUAUAGUAUUUAAUAUUAUAUAUAUACUUCGUUAUAUUAUAGCAUAAACUAUGAUUAAUUUGUGACACACGUUAUAUUUUAAAGUAUUGUUUGACAGAUCGUUUUCUGAUUUAUCGAAAUAAACCUGUUUAUUAAUAUACAUAUGUUAAAAUAUUCGAAUUUAAUAAUUACGAACUUAUACAAUCAAUUUAUAGAUUAUUAAUAUACUAAGAAAAUAUAAAUAACAAAAUGAAUAAACAAAUUCGAGUGAAGAUAUGAGCUCGAUCACAUGUCAUACUCGUGACAUUUGAACUAACGUAGGAAAUGGAUGAAUAUUUAGAAAGACUUAUUGGAGUAAAAUACGAAAAAUAAGUAACGGUGUAUUAAGAGUAUUGAUCUUUUAUCAUUUACGUUUGCGCUGAGUUGCGAUUGGCGUUGAUUUCACAUUAGUUUUAUUCUCAUUCUAUUGUUGAACAACCAGUAUCAGUAAAUAUUGAGAGUAUAAUGAUUAACAUUGACACCGAUUAUAUUCCUUUCCUGUACAAGUACUGGCCAACUGUUCCAUUGAUAUGACUAUUCUAAAUAUCAUAAAUGUAAUUUGAGAAACAUCUUGUGAUUACACGUUAUUAUAUUAUUGAUAUGCGUUAUAAUGCACCUUCACAUGUUUUGUCAGUGAAAACUGAAAAGAGCAUUGCAUUUAUGAGGUUUGAUCAUUAAAUUUGUUUGUAAUCUCAGUUAAAACAGUUGGCCAUUACCCGAACAAUUUGCCGCCUAGUGGCUUCUAACACAAUUUCUAUCGUUUAAACUUGAUGUACGUAUUGUAUUCCUAUUGAUUUCCUAAGUAAUAUAUUUAAAUUAUGUGACACACAAUGUUGAUAUUACUUUUAUUGCUUAUGAAUAAACUUAAAACAUAA